AGCGCAGGGAUCUGCUCGCUCCUGCCCGCGUGCUGAGGCUGGGACUGUCACUCAUUCUCUGAUCAGCUCGCGAAAGCAGCUCGGAAGCCGCUGGAUAAAAUAAUAAAAAAAGGGGGGGGAGAAGAAGAAGAAGAAAAAAACCAAACUCAUUUCUCCCUCCCGGUAGCGAAGAAACGGGGCAGGUCUGCAGAGCGAGGUCGGUUGGAUCCUUGCGGGGGUUUUUGCGUUCCCCCUUUUUUUCCUCCCCCUCCCCUCUUUCCUCCUCGCCUGGCAUCUCUCCCGGGUUGACCCACCCAGGUCCCUAUUGAAGAAGGGGGAAAAGAGACCAAGGCGGGCGAGAGCCACAGCUGUAGCUGUCCAGGAAAAAAAAAAUUGCAUCUAUGCAGCGCAACUCCCGCGGCGGCCGGCCGUUGACCAUGCUCCGAUGCACGGACCUCGUCUGGACUUGGCUUCUCCUGGGCACCGCAGUCUCUCUUCAGGUGAACAUCGUCCCAAAUAAGGUGGAGGUGCCCGUUGGAGAAUCCAAAUUUUUCUUAUGUCAAGUCACUGGUGAUGCCAAAUCCAAAGAAAUCUUCUGGUUUGCCCCCAAUGGCGAUAAGCUGACGACAAACCAGCAGCACAUUUCCGUGGUCCGGUCAGAUGAUUCUUCCACUCUCACCAUCUACAACGCUAACAUCGAUGACGCCGGCAUCUAUAAAUGUGUGGUCUCCAGUGAGGAAGGGGAGGAAGAGGCCACACUCAACGUGAAGAUCUUUCAGAAGAUGACCUUCCAACAUGCCCCCAGCCCACAGGAGUUCAAAGAAGGAGAAGAUGCAGUUAUUACCUGUGAUAUUGUCUCCUCGCUGCCUCCCACAAUUAUGUGGAAGCACAUGGGCAGAGAUGUGGUCCUGAAGAAAGAUGUGAGGUUUGUGGUGUUGAGCAACAACUACCUCCAGAUCAGAGGGAUAAAGAAAAGUGACGAGGGCAUGUAUCGCUGUGAGGGAAGGAUCUUGGCCCGGGGAGAAGUGGACUUCAGGGAUAUCCGGAUCAUCGUGAAUGUGCCUCCCACCGUUCGCUCUCGGCAGGGGACGGUCAACGCCACUGCCAAUCUGAGCCAGUCGGUCAAGCUGGUGUGCGACGCUGACGGCUUCCCAGAGCCCAUCAUCAGCUGGACCAAGGACGGAGAACCGAUAGAACGAGGGGAGGAUGAGGAAAAAUACGGCUUCAGUUACGAUGGCUCCGAGCUGACCAUCCACAGGGUGGAGAAGAACGACGAGGCCGAGUACAUCUGCAUCGCCGAGAACAAAGCGGGAGAGCACGAUGCCACCGUCCACCUCAAAGUCUUCGCAAAACCCCAGAUCACCUUUGUGGAGAACAAAACUGCCAUGGAGCUGGAAGACCAGAUCAUUCUGACCUGUGAGGCCUCUGGCGAUCCCAUCCCCUCCAUCACUUGGAGGACCUCUUCCCGGAACAUCAGCAGUGAAGAGAAGACCCUGGAUGGGCGCAUCGAAGUCCGCAGCCACGCGCGCGUCUCCUCCCUGACCCUGAAGGACAUUCAGUACACCGACGCCGGGGAGUAUACCUGCAUAGCCAGCAACACCAUUGGGCAAGAUUCCCAGGUCAUGUACCUAGAAGUUCAAUAUGCCCCAAAGUUGCAGGGCCCUGUUGCAGUUUACACCUGGGAAGGUAACCCAGCAAACAUCACCUGCGAAGUCUUCGCUUAUCCCAGCGCUGUCAUCUCGUGGUUCCGGGAUGGGCAGCUGCUGCCCAGCUCCAACUACAGCAACAUCCGGAUCUACAACACACCAGCCGCCAGUUACCUGGAGGUGACGCCAUAUUCAGAAAACGAUUUCGGGAAUUACAACUGCACAGCAGCCAACCGGAUUGGGCAGGAGUCCUCUGAGUUCAUUCUUGUGCAAGCAGACACCCCUUCUGCGCCUUCCAUUGAGAAAGUGGAGCCUUACUCCAGCACAGCCCAGAUCAGAUUUGAUGAACCGGAGGCCACUGGGGGUGUCCCCAUCCUCUGGUACAAGGCCGAGUGGCGAGCCACUGGGGAGGAAGACUGGCACACCAGAAUCUACGAUGCCAAGGAAGCCAACACCGAAGGCAUCUUCACGGUCAUCGGCUUGAAGCCAGAGACCACCUACGCCAUCCGACUGACAGCCAUCAACGGCAAAGGCACCGGCGAGAUCAGCUCAGCCUCCGACUUCAAGACCCAGCCAGUUCAAGGGGAGCCCAGUGCGCCAAAGCUGGAAGGCCACAUGGGAGACAACGGGAACUCCAUCAAAGUGAACCUCAUCAAGCAAGACGACGGGGGAUCCCCCAUCCGCCACUAUCUCAUUAAAUACAAAGUCAAACAAUCCCCCGAGUGGAAGCCGGAGAUUCGUCUCCCGUCAGGCAGCGACCACGUCAUGCUCAAGUCGCUGGACUGGAACGCCGAGUACGAAGUCACCGUCAUCGCGGAGAACCAACAAGGGAAAUCCAAGCCGGCACGCUACGCUUUCAGGACCUCAGCCCAGCCCACCAUCAUCCCAGCCAGCACAACAACGACGUCGGGACUGGGAACAGCCGCCAUCGUGGGCAUCCUCAUCGUCAUCUUCGUCCUUCUGCUGGUGGCCGUGGACGUCACCUGCUACUUCCUGAACAAGUGCGGCCUUUUCAUGUGCAUCGCCGUCAACCUGUGUGGCAAGUCGGGACCCGGGGCGAAGGGGAAGGACAUGGAAGAGGGCAAAGCGGCCUUCUCGAAGGACGAAUCAAAAGAGCCCAUCGUGGAGGUGCGGACGGAAGAGGAACGGACUCCGAAUCACGACGGAGGCAAACACACAGAACCGAACGAGACCACCCCGCUCACUGAGCCAGAGAAAAACGCCGUAGAAGAAAAGCCGGCCGUUCCCGCCACGGACGCCAACAACGCACCCCCUGCAGAAGUGAAGACGGUCCCCAACGAAGCCACACAAACAAAUGAAACUGAGAGCAAAGCAUGAUGGGCAUUGGGGGCCAAAAGCAGAGCAGACGGAAAUUUAAACAAAACGAAAAAAAAAUUGACAGAACAGCUUCACCUGAGCAUUUAAAACACAAAAAAUACACAUCUCAUUCCUCUAGUGUCUUUGCCUUUUUUAAAUGAAAACAGACAAAAAAAAAUGCAUACAAUGGGGAAAAUGUGUUUGGUUAUUACGGGGGGAUUGUUUUUAUUAGGGCUCGGUUUUUUAUUUUCCUGGGUUUUUGUUUGUUUGUUUAUCGUUUGGGUAGGUUUGUAGAAAGGAUCUUACUUCUUGUGCACUUGCUUUUAAGAGGAAAGGAAAUCCCCCCCCUCCCUUUCCCCCCACCCCCUUCUCCUACCACAUCUUUGAGGAUGGACCUCCGGGGUCUCUCGUAGAACAGCAGACAGUCCGUGCAAAACACCCGUCUCAAUGAACCCAAACUAGCAACUGCAAAUUUAGGGAGAAUCAGAAACAGAAUGAGCAAUCUUUUAUUUUUAUAUAUUCCAGCUAAGUUGAAAAAAAACCUGUACAGUCUUGUCAGUAAAUUGCCGUUUCCUCCCCUCUUUCCCCCCACCCCUGGUCGAUUUCAGAUUCCUUCUGUUCCAAAAGGUGUGUUUGUCGUGUGUCCCCCCUCCCCUUAACUGACUCCUGUUCUCGUGUCUUGAACCCUUGGGGGGCCCACAGCCAUUGUCCAUCUCUGGGGCGGAACUCUUGGCAAUGAGCCCCUCGGUUCAUUUCCGUGGGUUUCCUGGAAGAUGUUUGCAGCUGCCUGAGCCCUUCGAACCUUUAAUGUCAAUUUCCUAUCCUUGCAUCGGGGAAGAAUGCGCUGGGCAGCUUUUGGGAGGAUGAGUUUCAAACCGCAGUAUUCUCCGUUUGUUUCUUCUGUUUUCGUGGGGUUUUUGUGGGGGGGAGGAAAGGUUUUUUUUUUUUCCCCCGUUCAUUUGUUUUGCCAACAUUUUUUUCUUCCAGUGUUUACAGUCAAACGAAAUGUUUUUUUUUAAAAAAAACUGUUGUGUUUAAAAGUCUAUGUAAAAUAGCUGCCUUUUUAGAGAGAGAGAGAGAGAAAGAAAGAGUGAGAGAGAGGAGAGAGAGAGAGAGAGAUUGUCAGAGAAACUAAAAUGCUAUAUAGAUAAUAGGUGGUCCAGCAUGUUUGCUUUGCAGAGGGAGAACAUUUUAAAAUAUGGAUGUUUACAGUAGAUGUUUUCCCUUUUAUCUUUCUUUUAAUUAUUAUUAUUAUUGUUAUUUUUAAUUCUUACUAAAGUAAGAAAAUCAAGUAGCCCCCCCACUUUUCCUUGGUCCUUCUUUGGAUAGAGAUGAGCUAAUGAAGGGCCAGCUGGUUGUCUCGGUCCAAGCUAGUUCCUUGAGAAACUCUAAGCACCCCGUUGAAGGAAGGAAGUUUGGGUGGACAGGAGGAGACACACACAUACACACCCCCGAGAAGAUGAUUUUACGAAGUUCUUGAGUUGAAGGGAGAAGAUCCCCAUGUGGUGCUAAGCCUGCCCCCGUGUCCUAGAAUCCACAAAGGUUAAGUUGGCCUGGGGCGGGGGGGAUGUUCAGAUGGGUCCUUCUCAACACCUUCCACAGAUUUUCCUGUAACCCUCAAGAGAGCAUCUGGGAUAGGUUGGCCCCAGAGGAGUGGUGAGGACAUUCCUCAGACUCCCCCCCCCUCACCUGCUCUCUGCUGAAAAAUAGAGAGAUUGGGAACAUUGGUCGGUCACUCACGUCCAGUUUCGGGGCCGCGGGGAGUUGGCCCCUCCUGCUCUUGAAAACGGUUCCUUCCUAACUUAAUAUAUUUGGUGAAUUAUAUAUUGUGUUGAAUUUCAGGAGCCAGUUAACCGUGGCCCGGUUUCGGAAGAAUAACCGUACUGUAAAUGCAAAUGCCAUGAAUGCUGUUGGCCAAGUUGAAGCUUGAGGGUAAUUUUAUGGCCCUGGGAAGCGUCAUUUCCCUGGAGGUUCCUUGGAGUGAAGUCCAAAUGUAUGUAUAUAAAUAUGCCCUAAGGCUGAGAUGUAAGAACUGUAAAUCUGUCUUAAAAGAAUGUAUAGACUGAGGUGGCGCGUCUUGGGCUGGGCAGGGCUGGCAAAGACACAGCCCACCUCCCCAAAGGGCAUCUGAGUUUUGGCGGCUGAUCUGGUGGGCGUCCAUCCUGGGGGAGUGAGAAGUUGUUCAGCAAGAGGUUCAGGCUUGGGAGCCCCCAGCAUAGUUGAUUCCCAUUCAGUCCAGAAAGAUCUUUCUGGAGAACAAAGUUUGACUUUCCCAAAUCCAUGUAGUUAGAGCCGAGAUCUUCCUUAAAUGGCCAUUAGUGCACCGAAGACGGACUUUGGCACGGCAAGGGGUCUUUCGGCCCUUUGACCGCCUUGGGGAAAGAAGCAGUCGGCUUAGGCUGAAAUCCCUGGUCUCUGGUGGUAGAGGACGUGGUUCCUUUGAGCUCGAGUAUUUUGGCUUCCCUAUCCAGGACUCUUUCGUAAUGCUCUGGGGAAGCCAAAAGGGAAUCUGCAGUCAGGCUCAAAGAUAUAUAUAUAACAAAUAUAAUAUUUGUUAUAUUUGUGCUGAUAAAUAAAUAAAGGGAGACUAGU